CGCACCAUUCAACACAAGCUGUGAAUCACAUCCUGGCGCAUGCGCAGUACUAACCAGACGAUCGCCCAUCUGGGAGUAGAAAACGUCCCAGAAGGAAGCUAUUUCAAGUUUGUUGUGCGGCCAAAUUUUUGUGGUUUGGUCAUCAGGCUUUAACGUGUAAACCAUGAUUGUGAGGGCACUGUUUGUGAUCACCACGGUGGUAGCAGCCCUGGCAAGGUCAGAAGGUAGCGGCCUGAAUGACCUUCAGGAGUAUGAACAGCUCGAAUACGUCACUUCCUGUUACUAUCCCGUCCACAUCCCCUGCACCAAUGGCGCGGGCUGUAUCUCCGGACGUCAGAGGUGUGACGGGGUCUACAACUGUCCGGAUGGGUCUGAUGAGGAAAACUGCGUGGACUACUGGGCCAUGCAUCUGCGGAAUGGUCUGCCGGCCCCUCAAGCUGUCAUUCAUCCUCCCAGCAAGGUCAUCCGCCCUCCCUCCAAGGUCAUGGUCAGGAAACAGCAACCAGCCCAGCAGGUGAUCACGUGCUACUGUAACAACCACGCUACCGAAUGUGCAUCACAGGGAGUCUGCGCAAACUGCCAACACAACACGGAGGGGAUGCAGUGUCAGUACUGUCAGCAGGGGUACGUGGGUCUGGCCACCCGCGGGACUCCGCUGGACUGUCAGCCUGUCCAGUAUGUCCAGUUCAUCCCGCGUGGUCAUCCCAGGCGUCACCAUAACAACUGGAUGUUCCAGUAGAAGGAGAACUGUUUUUAGAAUUCAAGAGAACAAAUGUUAUUUUCAUGUACAAUGUUGUCGCGUUUCAAUUCUCAGUAUAGUAAACUCCCUCCGUUUUUCUAAGAAAAGGCUAGUUGGAAAAUUAUGACCUUCUUCUAUGUCCGCCCUAUUCCCUGUUUUCUCUCUUCCGGCCUACAAGUCGGAAAAAAGGGCUAAAUAAUUUCUAAGCUAAUUGUGGAAGAAGGUCACAAUAUUACCCACUAACCUCUGCUUGGAGAGUAACGUCACUUUUAAGGACAUUUGGAAUGCUGCUCCUGCAUGCCACUGCAUUGAGUAGCUACCGAAGAUAGCUGAGGAGAUAUCAAACCGUCGGUGGCAUGGAUUUCUCUAUAGAGUAUGAAUUAUCUCAUUUUCAAAUGAUAUACCAUUCUGAUGGAACUAUUAAAGGAAUCCUGUAGAAAGAAAAUGGACAAUAUUGUACCAUGUAAAGAACAAUUGGCCCCAUAUACUUAAAGAAAGAUGCAAACUUUGUGUUUCAAUAUUUUUCCCAAUCGUUGAUAUAUCCUGGUAGACGAUGUUCCUAUGCAUCAUGUUGACACGAGAAAGUUAUUGUUUUAAAAAAUUAUCAACACGCAAAUAUGUAUUCGUGCACAUAAUAUAAGUGUGAUGACAUCACGGAAUUUUAACAAGAGUGAUGUUUUGAUUUCAUAUCAUCAUUAGUCAUUACAGAAUGUGUAGUUUCUUGGCUACCGGCAUUAUUUCAAAGUAUCUUGUCUGUGUACCAUAUCAUCCAGCAUACGGUACUAUAAGAAGAUUGUGUAUCUACAUGUAAGCUUGACAAUAAAAUGUUGUACUCAGAA